CCCUUUUCUUUUCUUCCUUUCUUUCAUUUUUUUUUAAAUUUUAUAAAGCAGUCCUAUCUCCUUCCUGCGAGGCCCAGUAUCCAGGCGCUGGCCCCUGGCAGGGGCCUGCUCGCUGUGUCAUCCUGUGGUGGAAGGAGAGAGGGUGAGAGAGAAAGAGCCAGAGAGAGAGGGAGAGAGAAGGAUUUUGAUUUUGACUGAGAGCAACCUGGGACCAUUGCAGACAGAGACAUGAACCUUUCUAUAGUCCAAAUCCCCAUCUUGCCUUGGGGUGGGGGAAAGACGAGGCCGUGGGAGGCUGUCCUCCUGUGCUUCUAGACAGUUCUGGAGUGGAGCAGCCAGACAGCCCUCAGGACCUGGUGAGUUCCUGCUGGGGCGGAUUCUUUCUCCUGAGUCGUGCGAGCCAUGUCCGGGCUGUCUUGGCUCCAGGGGCUGGUGUGGGCCCAUUGCAGGGCCAGGCUGCCCCCUGGUGUCCAAACUCUGCCACUACACGUCUUCCUGCCUGGUAAGGCGGGCCAGGGGCUUUCCCUACUGUGGGAUGAAUGGAGUUUGGACCUUAUUCCAUGCUGAUUGAGGCGGCCCCGAAGCCGUCCACCAGGCGGGGGCCCAGUUGUCAUCCUCGGCUUUGAGGCAAAGCUGUCACUGCCUAGGCAGAGGGCUCGGGGACCCGCGAAGGCUGUCUGGCCCCCCGUUCUGUGAGACUCCUUGCCGCGCUGAUGUCCUCCAGGCUGAGGACCACCGAGCCAAAGUGGGCUUAGCCUCACUCCCGGUUACCCAAAGUCUGGGCAGCCAGCCACUUCUCACCUUACAGCCGUGGUUAAACAUUAGUGGGAGGUGAUCGGGUCCGUGGAGGAGGCAGAUUACACUUUCCAACAGUCUCUCGCACGGAGUGCAGGCUGCCAGUUCCUGCCAGAGCCCAGACGAUGCCUGUGGAGGAGUUUGCAGCUGGUUGGAUCUCUGGAGCUCUGGGCCUGGUCCUGGGACACCCCUUUGACACGGUGAAGGUGCGGCUGCAGACCCAGAACAAGUACCAGGGCAUCGUGGACUGCAUGGUCAAGACUUACCGCCAUGAGUCGGUCCUGGGCUUCUUCAAGGGGAUGAGCUUCCCCAUGUUCAGCAUCGCCGUGGUCAACUCUGUCCUGUUCGGGGUCUACAGCAAUGUCCUUCUGGCCCUCACAGCCACCUCCCACCAGGAGCGGCGAGCCCAGCCGCUCAACUACACCCACGUCUUCAUCGCGGGCUGCACCGCGGGCGUCCUGCAGUCCUACUGCCUGGCUCCUUUUGACCUCAUCAAAGUCCGGCUACAAAACCAGACGGAGCCGCGGGGGCAGCGGGGCGGCCCCCGGCCACGGUACCGGGGCCCUGUGCACUGUGCAGCCACGGUCUUCCGGGAGGACGGGCUGCGCGGGCUGUUCCGAGGAUCCUUUGCCCUGGUGCUAAGGGACACCCCCACCUUGGGAAUGUAUUUUGUUACCUACGAAGGCCUGUGUCGCCAGUACACUCCAGAUGGCCAGAACCCCAGCUCAGGCACGGUGCUGGUGGCCGGGGGCUUCGCGGGCAUCGCCUCGUGGAUUACCGCCACACCCUUCGACGUGAUCAAGUCCCGGAUGCAGAUGGACGGGCUGAGGCAGGGCAAGUACAAAGGAGUUCUGGACUGCAUGGCCAGCAGCUUCCGGCAGGAGGGCAUAGGGGUCUUCUUCCGGGGCCUGACCAUCAACAGCGCCCGCGCCUUUCCUGUCAAUGCCGUCACCUUCCUGAGCUACGAGUACCUCCUGCACGCGUGGGAGUGAGCCCGGCGGGACCGUGGGACUGGAGGCCAGGCCCCCCCCACCCCCUGGCUGGCAGUGCAAGGACAAGCGGCACGGCCCUUCCCAGGCCAGGCCUCUCCCAAGGCCCAGCCAGGCCGGGAGCCACCUGCAGAGGAAGCGGCGGGCCAGGCCCAGCCCAGCCUCCAGCAGGACUUGCACCCUGAGCCCUUCCGCUUCCAGGAGUCCAGCGCACAAGCACAGACCCAGCCGGCAGAGGAGCCGGCCACGGCCACACUCCAGCCACCAGGCCGCC